AUGACAAUGGACAUUCAAAAUAACUAUCAGAGUUACAAAGAACAGUCGCCAGAUUCGAAGGAGUCUGAUUUAAAUAUAGAAAGUGCGCGAACGCAGAUCAAACCGGACCACUCCACUAUGCUAAAUCAAGGUAAACCCUCGAAAAGGUCUUUCGAUGUCGCGUUCUUAAUGAUGCCUGAUGAGAAAACCCGGCAGCCGCCGCCCGAAAAGCAGUUGCGAGUCUCGAAACAGAUAUUCAAGACAGAAGAAUGGGAUCAUUCGCAGAGGUCCUCCGAUGUAUAUAAACACAGUGAUUAUUCCAACGAUAAUACGCAAGACUCCAAAGACGACGAAGACAGAGCUCGUGUGAACAAUAACAUAUCACCAGGUUUUGGGUCCGAUGUGAACAUUGACGUCGGCAUGGAUGAGUACCCAAGUAAGACUACGUACGCUAGUGAUUCUGAAUCGUCAGAUAAAUCAAGAAGUCGCCCGAACUCCAACGACAGCGCAACCAGGCCGCUAAAAUUUCUACCAGAAUAUAAAAACAAGAUUUUCGAUGAUCCAACGCUCAUCAGUGUCCAGACGAGAGCGAGGUAUGAGAAUAGAUUUUUUGCAAAACACCCAGAGGCGUCCCCUAAAAGUGCGUUUACGAAAGUGUCUAACUACGGACUCAGAUCGCCGAUUCCCAAUCCUUCCGUGAGCCCGGAUAAUCUCCUGUAUCAGAAUUCUGUGAGCCCGCCUCUCGCGACGUCCCCUCCGGUGAACGCUUUUAAUAAGACCGGAUUCAACAAUCUAUUAACGCCUGCUCAUCUACUGAACGGUCACAACUUCUUCAAAUCACAUAAUCCCCCGACAUCUCCGACUUAUUCCGAAUCGAAUCACGUUCGACCUACGGGACCCAUAAAAUCGGUCGAUUAUCAAUCAAAAACUGAUACGAAAGCGAUUCCUAUAUCGCCAAAUAAAAUGAACUUCCUGCCGUUUCGGCCAGAACUACCGUAUCUUCCCAGCGGAUCGACUUAUCCUUUCGGAGUCCAGAAUUUUCAGCAGCCUAACCCUGAUUUUAUGAAGUUCCAAGCGCCGCAACGAGAGCCGGUCAAUUCUUUGAUCGCCAGCCCUGCAGCGGCGAUACUUAGCACGCUACUGCCUUCGACUUUAGCUGCUUUCUCUCUACCAGCACAGAAUGUUUGCGCCAAAUGUAGCAUAAGUUUUCGCAUGACGUCCGACCUCGUAUACCACAUGCGGACGCACCACAAGAGCGAGUCGACCGUUGACCCGAGCAGACGGAAAAGGGAGGAGAAAUUAAAAUGCCCCGUUUGCAACGAGAGCUUUAGGGAGCGGCAUCAUUUGACAAGGCAUAUGACGGCGCAUCAAGACAAGGAAGGCGAUAUGGAGGACGUAUCGCCAUCACAGUAUAAGAAAAGCAAGUUUUAUCCCAACGGUGGGAUUCAUCAGAAGUAG